ACCUAUGCGCUGACAUGACACCAAUGACUAAGGAGGUAGUUGGUGAAGAAAACACCAACUGUUUUGAGUUUCCAACCUUAAAAGACUCUCUUUUCUCUCUCUGAACUCUGAAGCAAAACAACAUUACCAGAGUGGUUCUUGUAAUUCAGUGCUGCUAGAAGAUGGAAACUAGUGAAUGGCAUAUCGAGCGAAGAUCUAGCUUCGGCUCUGAAUCCCCCUUAGCAAGAGAGGCAGGAAAUGUGCCUGAAACUGGGUCACUCUCUAUUGUGGUGCUUGGUGCUUCUGGUGAUCUUGCUAAGAAGAAGACAUUUCCUGCACUUUUCCACCUAUACCUGCAGGGAUUCUUACCACCAGAUGAAGUUCAUAUUUUUGGCUAUGCAAGGACAAAAAUCUCUGAUGAUGAAUUGAGAAACCGGUUGCGCGGCUAUCUUGUUCCAAAGAAAGGUGCUUCCCCCCAACAGUUGGAGGAUGUAGAGAAGUUUUUACAGCUGAUCAAAUAUGUAAGCGGCUCUUAUGAUUCUGAGGAUGGCUUCCGCCUGUUGGAUAAAGAGAUUUCAGAGCAUGAAUAUUUGAAAAACAGUGUUGAGGGUUUAUCUCGGAGGCUUUUCUAUCUUGCUCUUCCACCUUCAGUAUAUCCAUCAGUUUGCAAGAUGAUCAAGACUUGUUGCAUGAAUAAAUCUGAUCUUGGUGGAUGGACACGUGUUGUUGUUGAGAAACCUUUUGGUAAGGAUCUAGAAUCUGCAGAGGAACUCAGUACUGAGAUUGGAAAGUUGUUUGAGGAACCACAGAUUUAUCGUAUUGAUCACUACUUGGGAAAGGAACUAGUGCAGAACUUGUUGGUACUUCGCUUUGCAAAUCGGUUUUUCUUGCCACUUUGGAACCGCGACAACAUUGACAACGUACAGAUAGUUUUCAGAGAGGAUUUUGGAACUGAUGGCCGUGGUGGAUAUUUUGACCAGUAUGGAAUUAUUCGAGAUAUUAUUCAAAACCAUCUGCUGCAGGUUCUUUGCUUGGUUGCUAUGGAAAAACCAGUUUCUCUCAGGCCUGAGCACAUUCGGGAUGAGAAAGUGAAGGUUCUUGAAUCAGUGCUCCCUAUUAAUGAUGAUGAGGUUGUUCUUGGACAAUAUGAAGGCUAUAAAGAUGACCCAACCGUACCUGAUGAGUCUAACACCCCAACAUUUGCAACUGUUGUUCUGCGAAUACACAAUGAAAGAUGGGAAGGUGUUCCUUUCAUACUAAAAGCAGGGAAGGCACUAAAUUCUAGAAAGGCAGAGAUAAGGGUUCAAUUCAAGGAUGUCCCUGGUGAUAUUUUCAAGUGUAAAAAGCAGGGGAGAAAUGAGUGUGUUAUCCGCCUACAGCCUUCAGAAGCUAUUUACAUGAAGCUUACGGUCAAGCAACCUGGACUGGAGAUGUCUACGGUUCAAAGUGAGCUUGACUUGUCAUAUGGACAACGGUAUCAAGGAGUAACCAUUCCUGAGGCUUAUGAACGCCUAAUUCUUGACACAAUUAGAGGUGAUCAGCAACAUUUUGUUCGCAGAGAUGAGUUGAAGGCAUCCUGGCAGAUCUUCACCCCACUUCUGCACAGAAUUGAUGAAGGGGAAUUCAAGCCACUCCCCUACAAACCAGGAAGCAGAGGUCCUGCAGAAGCAGAUCAGUUACUUGAAAAAGCUGGCUAUGUUCAAACACACGGCUACAUAUGGAUCCCUCCUACCUUGUAGAGUGAUCUAAUGUAAUAAGAUGAGGAAUUUUUAGCUGCUAAUGAAUACACAAUAAGCUUGUGAGGCUUCUUCCCUUUGAAGCACUCCCACGGAUGUGUAUCAAGCAUUUGGAACAAUAUAAGAGACUAAGAGUGUUUGGCACGGUUUGUGUAACUGAUUUGCCUUUAAAUGCAAAAUAAAUGGAAAAUGAAGUCCAUUUACUAGUAUCUGUUUUGCAUCAUUUGUUAAUUUGACUCUGAUGUGUCAUGAGAAAUUGGACCAAUAUUAUUCUAGUUUAA